CGCCUGCGGCUGAAAUUUGGACGGUGCGGAUCUGCUGGAGGCGGUUUGGACUCUUGGUUCCGCUGUUUGGUUGUGGAUACAUGAGGAGUUCGGUUCCGUUCUGGUUCUGUGCGUGUUUCUGGGCCUCUGCCUGCUCUCUGGGAGCGCUUUCCGCUCGGACUGUCAUUGAGAAGGUCCACAUGUUGGCUGGCUGGAGACACUUUCUGCAUCUUUUUCCAUCUGGAAAUCUCAUUUUUCUGAGGAGUUUGUUGGAGGUCAAAAUUUCUGCUCUGCUCGGAUAAAUUUACAGUCGCCUCGCCUCGCCGCUUCUCCGUAAAAACAAAAUGGAGGUUCUGUGGAUUGGUCUGCUGCUGCUGGAGGCGAUCAUGAUGUCAUCGGCGGCCAGAGGUCCUCCCAGGGUGGCGGGGAAGGUGGCCCAUCGUCAGAGCGUCCGUCUGGGUCGCACGGCCAAGCUGGCGUGCCCCGUGGAGGGCGACCCGCCGCCGCUCAUGAUGUGGACCAAAGAUGGCCGACACAUCCACAGCGGCUGGACCCGGUUCCGCGUGCUGCAGCACGGCCUGCGCAUUAAGGAAGUGGAGACGGAGGAUGCUGGCACCUACGUCUGCAAGGCCACCAACGGGUUUGGCAGCGUCAACAUCAACUACACGCUGAUUGUCAUCGAUGACUCCAGCUUGAGGAGCGGAGAAGCUGAACCCGCCGCCGGGUCCAUGCAGCCUCCAGAGCUGGCUGGGAAACCAGUUCGUCCUCGUUUCACCGAGCCGGCGAAGAUGAGGCGGCGCGUCAUCGAGCGGCCGGUGGGCAGCUCGGUGCGGCUCAAGUGCACGGCGAGCGGGAACCCGCACCCGGACAUCGUGUGGCUGAAGGACAGCAAGCCGCUGGCGGAGGAGGACGCCGGCGCAGAGAAGAAGAAGAAGAAGAGAUGGACGCUGAGCCUGAAGAACCUGGCGCCGGAGCACAGCGGGAAGUACACCUGCCACGUCUCCAACCGCGCCGGACAGAUCAACGCCACCUACAAGGUGGAGGUCAUACAGCGGACAAUCUCCAAGCCGGUUCUGACCGGAACCCACCCGGUCAACACCACGGUGGAUUAUGGCGGAACCACGUCCUUCCAGUGUAAGGUCCGCAGCGACGUGAAGCCGGUCAUCCAGUGGCUGAAACGGGUCGAACCCGGAGAGGAGGCCCGCUUCAACUCCACCAUAGAGGCCGGUGACCAGCGCUUCGUGGUUCUGCCCACCGGGGAGGUCUGGUCCCGACCCGACGGGUCGUACCUGAACAAGCUGCUGAUCAGCAGGGCGCAGCAGGACGACGCCGGCAUGUACAUCUGCCUGGGAGCCAACAGCAAGGGCUACAGCUUCAGGAGCGCCUACCUCACCGUGCUGCCAGCAGCGCCGCCCGCGGGCUCCGACAAAGACUCGCUGACGUACGAGGAAUACGCGGCGGCGCAUCAGCAGCUGCUGCUGGCGCCGAAGCUCUACCCCAAGGUCUACACGGACAUACACACACACACACACUCACACGUCAACGGCAAGGUGCACCAGCACAUACACUACCAGUGUUAGCAGCCGCAGCUAACAGCCGCAGCUAACAGCCUGCGACGGACUGCAGCAGGUAGAGACAGGAAGUCCUUCGCUUCAACCAAAGUCUGACUCGCUUCAUACGAGCUUCCAGAACCGGGUCACAGCGACUGCAGCAGCAGCAGCGACUGC